UUAUAACAUUAAAUUGGAAACUUGACAGAACUGGAUGCUUUACUUAUGUGUACUGAAUAAGAAGAAUUUAGAGAAAUGAAGUUUACUAAAUAUGAUUUAAGGAAAAUCAGCUUUACUAAUGUGUAACAUCCGUUUGAAGCAAUUGGAAAUUUGGAAAACCUUAUGCGCCCUGAGGGCAGUGAUUUAUCAAGAAAAAGUUGUGUAGCGGCUGUGAGAGGAACGAAGGAAUAUUUUUCUGUGUAAUUUUUCAUAUUGCGGCGACGACGGGCGGCAGUAUUUGUGACGUGUAAUUCUAAGUGUUUGCCAAGAUUACCUUCUAUUCAAAAAGAACCAUUAAUGCAUCGUCGUCAUUAUGGGGAAAUUAUUAUCAAAAAUUUUUGGUAACAAAGAAAUGCGUAUAUUAAUGCUCGGCUUGGACGCUGCUGGCAAAACAACGAUUUUGUAUAAAUUAAAAUUAGGUCAAUCGGUAACAACAAUACCAACAGUAGGUUUUAAUGUAGAAACUGUAACGUAUAAAAAUGUCAAAUUUAAUGUGUGGGAUGUGGGUGGUCAGGAUAAGAUUAGGCCAUUGUGGCGGCAUUAUUACACAGGUACUCAAGGCCUUAUUUUUGUGGUUGAUUGUGCGGAUCGUGAUCGCAUAGACGAGGCUCGAACAGAGUUGCAUCGAAUAAUUAACGACAGAGAAAUGCGAGAUGCCAUUAUUUUAAUUUUUGCAAAUAAGCAAGACUUAGCAGAUGCUAUGAAGCCCCAUGAGAUUCAAGAGAAAUUAGGUUUAACACGGAUACGCGAUCGUAAUUGGUAUGUGCAACCGUCAUGUGCCACCACCGGUGAUGGCCUCUAUGAAGGCCUGACGUGGCUGACUUCAAAUCAUAAGUUAUGAGAAUAAUUUUAGGCAAAUCCCACUGCAAUUUAUACAAUGCAUCAUUUUAGAAAUGAGAAUUGAAAAAUAUCCCACAUAAACACAAAUACACAUAAACACACACAUACACAUACUAUUCAAAACAAACUACAAUAAUUAAACAUUACUCAAUAUGAACAAAUAAUUAAAGCAAACAAU